GCAACAACUCCACUCUGCAUUACGCGCCUCCGCAACGCAACCACCACCAUGACGCAACACCGCUUCCUUCUCGUCACAUUCCCCGCUCAAGGCCACAUCAAUCCUUCCAUGCAAUUCGCAAAGCGUCUCAUCAGCACCACGGGCGCGGACGUGACCUUUUUCACGGCCACAUCUGCCAUUCGCCGCAUAGGCAAUGGCUCGUGUACUCCUCGUGGCCUGACUUUUGCUCCCUUCUCUGACGGCUAUGACGACGGGUUUAAGCCCGGGGACGACAUAGAUCUCUACAUGUCCGAGCUAAGGAGCCGUGGCUCGCGAGCUCUCGCGGAUAUCGUGGUGUCUAGUGCGAACGAGGGCCGCCCUUACACUUGCAUAGUGUACACCAUACUACUCCCUUGGGUGGCGGUAGUGGCCAGUGAACUUCACCUCCCGGCCGCGCUCGUUUGGAUUCAGCCCGCCGCAGUGUUCGACAUAUACUACUAUUAUUUUAACGGCUACAAAGAUCUCAUCAGAAACAGUGCCACGGCUAAUAAUAGUGACCCUUCCCAUGCAGUAGAAUUACCAGGACUGCCACAAUCGCUGAAGAGCCGCGACCUGCCCUCCUUCAUGGUGGAUUCGAAUCCGUACAAUUUCGCUCUCCCAUUGAUUGAAGAACAGUUCGAGCUGCUACGAAAAGAAAGCAAGCCAACCAUCCUGGUGAACACGUUCGAUGCACUUGAGCCGGAGGCGUUAAAAGCAAUUGACGAGUUCAACUUGAUCGGAAUCGGGCCAUUAAUGCCAUCUGCUUUCUUGGACGGCAAGGAUCCAUCCGAUAAAUCAUUCGGAGGCGAUCUAUUCGAGAAUUCAAAGAACUCAGCGUACCUAGAAUGGUUGAACUCGAAGCCGAAAGAAUCUGUCAUCUACGUCUCGUUUGGGAGCAUUUCCGUGCUGUCCAAGAUUCAAAUGGAGGAAAUUGCAAAAGGGUUGUUGAAAUCUGGUCGUCCGUUUCUGUGGGUGAUUAGAGAAAACCAAAAGAACGGAGAAGGUAAGGAAGAGAAAGAAGAAGACAAACUGAGUUGCAGAGAGGAACUAGAAGAGCUUGGGAUGAUAGUCCCGUGGUGUUGUCAAGUGGAGGUUCUGUCAAAUACUUCAUUGGGUUGUUUUGUGACACAUUGCGGCUGGAAUUCAAGCUUGGAGAGUUUGGUUUCUGGGGUACCAGUGGUAGCUUUUCCUCAGUGGACAGACCAAGGCACAAAUGCCAAGUUGAUAGAGGACACUUGGAAGACAGGAGUGAGGGUAGCACCGAAUGAGGAGGGUCUUGUUGUGGGUGAGGAGCUUAAGAGGUGUUUGGAUCUGGUGAUGGAAAGUGAAGAGAUGAGGAGGAAUGCUAAGAAAUGGAAGGAUCUGGCAAGAGAGGCUGUGAGUGAAGGAGGGUCUUCUAACAAGAAUCUGAAGGUCUUUUUGGAUCAGAUUGGAGAUGGUUGUUUUCUAGCCUAGAAAGAUUGAUGCAUGUACGUUGACAAGGAAAAGCUAUAUGAUUGCUUAGGCCUUAGUGUACCUUUUUUUGUUUUUUCCCCCUCUACUAUUUUCUUUUCUUUAGUCACGUGUAUGAAAGAAUAGUUUGAGUUGCUAGAAAAUGUAAACCAAUAUUUUCUUGGAGAAAAAUGUAGUCUUGAUGAUAAAAUAAAUUUAAACUUUUUCUUUUCACUUUUUA